GGGGCAGGCAUUGCUGAUCUGUCCCUUUGGGAUAGGAAAUGACUUUGUGCCAUUGAACACAGAGUUUCUGAAGGAGAUAAAAUAAAGAAAUUAUCAUACCCAAUGUGUGAGGGUGGGCUCUUUCUGGAUGACUGCAAACACCUCCAGCGGGCAUACUAAAACCAAGUUACCCACAGCCUGUUUGUAUCCACAGGAAAGGACUGUGAAAUGCUUGCUGCUGGUCUGUGCCUUCUGCCUCGCUGACUUUGAAGGCAACAAGAGGCUGCUGGCAAGCCCCUGGCGAGUGGCUGCCCUGCGUAACAAGAGGAGCCCGAAUGCCUGUCUGCCAAACCCAUGUCAGCACCAGGCACACUGCCAACUGAUGGAGGACAGACCCAUUUGCAACUGCAGACCGGGCUUCACAGGGGCGUUCUGCCAAGAUGUGGUACUGAAGUUGACCUGUGAGGAAGGGCGAAUGAAGAUGAUAGUGAGGAAGGAGGCAUUCAACCUCCUGAAGAUCCCUAAGCAGCUUGUCCACUUGAGGAACCAGGCAUGCAAAGUCUCAGAAAUGGAAGAAAGGGGUGAGCUGUUUUUUGCAGCCACUCUCACAGGUGAAAACCACACUGCCUGUGGAUCAGUAAUUCAGCAAAACGGCUCCCACGUGUCGUACUCCAACGUCAUGGAGUCAGGGUGGGAUACACAUGGGGUGGCGAUCCCUGAGAAUUUUCAGCUUGAGCUGAAUUUCUCCUGUGACUACGCCUAUGAACGAGUGGUGAGACUGCCCGCAGGUCCCACUACUGCUGACAGGCCAGCGCAGUUUGAGGUCAGAGAAGGACACUUUAAUGUCAGCAUGAGACUGUACAAGACUGCCUCCUACCUCCAGCCCUAUCACCUGCCAGCUGAGGCCGUCCCGAUCAAAGACACACUGUAUGUUCUGCUGGAGAUAGAAGGGCAGCACCAGCUCAGCUUCCUGCUGAGCGUUGAGGGCUGCUGGGGCACAGCAAGCACAGAUCCCUACCAGGAAGCGCAGCACAAGCUCAUUGAGGAGGGGUGUCCCUAUGAUGAGACAGUGAUAUACCUGAACAGCUUUGGAGAGAGCGCUACUGCCAAGUUCAGAUUCCAGAUGUUCCAGAUUGUCAGUUACACCAAGGUGUUCCUGCACUGCCGUGUCCAGCUCUGUCUCCCCAGCGGCCCAGAGCCCUGUGCCAAGCAAUGCCCUAGGCACUGGAGGAGCAAGCGGGCACUGGCCAAUGACUACAGUAAGAUUGCCUCCUAUGGACCAAUCCACGUACUGGGAAAAAUGACCAACCACUCCAGGAAUGACCAAAAGGACCCAAAGGCUACCAGCACGAGGCGUUGGCUGGUGUAG